AUUGCUUCACACACCAUAACUUCUUGGAAAUAGGACUACAGAAUUCACUGAACACUGAAGAGGAGACUAGGGGACCUGUCCUCCUGCGCUACCCAGGAAACAUGCUUCUCUUCUGGAUGUCUUGUGGAUCACUACUCCCUCUCCUGGUCCUCUGCAAUAAUGGACAAAAACGCUGCACAAUCCAAGAGAACAAACAAUAUCAUGUCCCUCUAUCCACAGUGUCCCCUGUGCUUGAGUCCCUGCAGUGCUACAAUGACUACAGCUCCUACGUCCGCUGUAGCUGGGAGGAGAGUCCACAUACGUCCGCACAAGCUCCGUUAGCCCUAUACUACUGGGACAGCACUGAGAACCGUGAGUCCCUGUGUAAACCCUACGGUCAGCCAGCACUGAAUCCCAACAACAGCAAGCUCACCGUCCAGUGUCAGUACAACACUCGUUACUUUGGCAUCAAUACCAACCAUGUCUUCUUCUUCAAGACCUCCUGUCCCUCUGCCCUGCUUCUGUCUAAGAAUGUGAGGGUGCGUCCACCAGUCCACCUAUCACAGCAGGCUGUAGAGAGAGGGGUCCGUUUGCUCAGCUGGGAAAGCCCCUACCCCCCCUCUUCCCUCCUGACCCCCACUCUCAACUACCAGGUCAACUACAGGAGGUCUAACCAGGAUGACUGGACAACAGUGGAGGUUGAGGACACCCAUCUGAGUGUGAAGUUUGAGGCUCAGGUGCCUGGCUGCCAGUAUGAGGCCAAGGUGAGGGCAAGGGGGAAGAUGGGACUAUGGAGCGAGUGGAGCCCCCUAGUGACCUGGUUGACUGAGGAGGGCCCCUCCAAUGCGCAGUGUGUGUUGGAUGAGGAGAAUGUGGUGACAUGCAGCUGGGAGGUGAAGAGAGACCUGGCUCAGUUCCUUACCUUCGAUCUGUCCUGCAAACACAACAACACUGCACCAGCCCAGAAAUGCUGUGUUAACACCAUGGUCAGCGCUCCAUCUAGGGGUCCAAUGCUCAAAUACAGCUGCUCCUUCCCUGUCCAAGACUCAGAGCAGCUGGAGGUGGAGCUCAUCCCCACACGCAACACCAAAGAGUUUCAAACACACAAACACAUUCGCCCAAACCAUCCACUCGACGUGCAGAUAGAAGAGAUAGAUGGGAACUGGAUUCUAAAAUGGAAUCAGCCAAAAUCAAAUGUUGAACUCUCCUAUCAAGUGCACUACUGGAGUAAUGAGACUCAGGAGGAUACUAGGUUCCUCAAUGUCUCCCAGGGGUCCUUCUCGCUCUCCAUCCUGGGGGGGUCCCUGCGCCCCUCUGAAUGUUACCUGGUUAAGGUGAGAGCCCUGGUGGUCCCGGGAAGGGGUGAUGCUUAUGAAGGACCACCUUCAGAAUGGACCGAUCCAGUGGAGUGGACCUCACAACCAGCUUCCUGGUCCGCCACCACCUUCCUCCGUCCUCAUCGGUGUACUGGUGGCCAUUGUCUUCAUCACUCUCUACGUUACCAUACCAGCCUGUCACAGGAGGGUAGUCCUGUGGGAGGUGUCUGUCCCGUCGCCCCUCAAGAGCAAGGUACUGCGAGAGGUCAUUAAGAAGUCUCCUGAUAGGUUGUUAUUCCCCGAGAGUGAGAGAAGUGAGCAGACCUACAUCUGCAGCGUACAGACACUGGAGAGCAGGG